AUGCCUCGUGCUAUGUAUGUGCACAGAACUACAAGUCACAGAGUGGUGGAGGCUGACGGCCCGGAGGAGGUAAAUGACAAGAUCAUAUUGGGCGCACAUGCACCUGACAUUUUGAGGGUGCUAGGAGACGAAGCAACACACGAGGAGUUGAGGAUUCUGGGUGCUUUCCAAUAUGUCCAGAGCGGCAUGUACCUACAUUGUGACGAAAGCCUUAUGCCAUGGAAUCCGUCGUCAUGGAGCACCUGCAACUUCCUGGGAACAACCAGCACUAGAGAGUUGCACUGCUUUAAUUCGGCGGCUUGGUUGUCGAGAUUGUCUUACUUACAUGAGUGUUGA